AUGCAUGCUGUGCUUACUAUCAGCGCCUCACACUUGAAUUACCUUCUGCCGCAGCAGGCCGAGAAUAAAAGAGCUAUGAAUAUCUAUCUCAGCCGCACUCUCCCUGGUUUUAGAAGUGGAGUUGGUACAAUUGCAUCGUUACAAGACACCGACGCAGUCAUUGCAUGCGGGUUCCUCUUGCUAUACUACGCAUGGGACGACUCAAACCAGAGCAUUGAUUCUGAUGGUUUGCUCUGGUUUGCCACCGGUUUGAGCGAGGUUAUUACAGCCGCAUACACAAUACAAUCCCAGGACGGUACAAAUAAUGGCAUCUUCCAUAAUUACGCCAUCCCCCAAUAUGCGCAGAUGCUAUUAGACAUCCGCACACGGACUGCAAGCGCUGCCAGCUAUCUUUCGUAUGACUUUGAUGGAAACUUUCUUGGUCGCCACAAAUUGUCAGAUCAGGUACAAGACAGUGUAUCCCAAGGAGGGGGUUGCCGAGAAAUUAGACUUGAGAACCGGCUUGGGCCGAUCUUUUAUACCGUCGAUUCAUUUACUCUUGGGCUAGAUUUGACCGGUUUCUUGCCCUCGUUCAUGGCAUACUCAUUGACCUGGCCAACAAAGGCUCCCAAAGAUUUCGUGAAUCAAAUAAACGCGGGAGAAUCCCAUGCCCUUCUCGUUCUGCUUAGUUUCUAUUCGAGUGUCUGGCUGACGUUAUCCAACGAAGUUUGGUGGGCCCAUCGUCGAUGCCGGAUGAUGUGCGAACUUAUCCUAUCUCAACUUACCUACCAGAAGGAAAGCUUUUGGAGCGAAAAUAUCACACGCAUUGCUGAGUACUUCAACUUCAAUCAGAAGACAAAUGGAACCUGGGAAGUUGGGUGCCCCUCGCCGACACGAAUAUGA